AUGAAGCUGCCAACGCCCGUAGCAUCGGUGGUGUCGGCUAUCGCCUUCGCCAGCCUUGUACAAGCCCAUCCACCAGCGAGCCACCCACCCCCAAACAACCCCCUGUGUGUGUGCCAACCGGCUGUCUGCGGCAACCCAACCUCGCUGUCUAGCGCGCUGGCCGACCUCUCGACGGCGGCUUUGCCAGCCGCGACGCAGUCUCUGGCCCGGCGCAAGGAUCUCAGCAGCAACCCACUAUGCAACUGCAUGCCGGGCGUCUGCAGCAACCCCAAGGCACUGUCCAGCGCCAUGGCCGACUUGUCCUCAUGGGCCGAUGCCACCGCUACCUCGUCGAAUGCCGCCGCGACCCUCGGCGGUUCCUCGAGCGGCUAUAACGACGCGACCGGCUGGAAUUCUCUUCCUACCGUGUCUGUGUCGACUUCGGGGUCUUCUUACAAUGAAAUCCCCGGCCCGACGUCGUCGUCUAACCCGUGGAAGCAGUCAUCGUCACAGCCCUGGAACCCAUCUCUGACUGGCACAUUCAGCUCCGGGGCCUCGUCUGCUUCGUUCAACUUCAAACCGGCUUCCAGCACUAAGGGUUCCGCCAUACCGGCUGUGUAUAAGAGUACGCCAUCUACUUCAGCUACUCCUAGUACCACCAAGCCGAAGCCAUCUGUUUCAACGACUUCCAGUACCACUAAGUCCACCAAGUCCAUCAAGUCGACGUCAUCUUCUUCAGCUAUUUCCAGUACUACGAAGUCAAAACCAUCGUCUUCGGCUACUCCCAGUACCACCAAGUCCACACCGCUCCACACCUCGAGCCGCAGCUCGCCCUCGCCCAAGGCCACCAAGAUGCCAGACCAGUGGGCCAAGCUGAUCGUCGUGAAGACCGAGUGCAGAGCCGAACUGCACAAUAUCCAAGGCUUCAGUGGCAAGUCGAAGAAACUUGGACAAUUCAUCCAGUUCGGCAAUGGAACCGAGCUGUGCGUCAGCAACAAGGAAUAUGAACACUCCGAGACCCGGGACGGCAAGUUCUCAUUGACUUACAAGCCGACCGACGACCACCCCGCUGGCUACCUGAGCUUCGAGCACCAGGUCCGCAACACGACCUUUGCCGGGACUCUGUCGCAGCAUUUCCCCGUGGGACUGCAUCCUGACUGCCAGGUCGGGGUGGACGGUCACUCGUUCUUUGUCCCGACAAAGUGUGCCAAGGGGAUUGAUUUGAAGGCGUGGCGCAAGCUAUUUCCCAAGGAGCGUAUCAAUGUCAUCUGA